AUGCGUAGAUGCAUACCUACAGGAGAUAGGUUUAUUGGCUAUGGCUAUGGCUAUGGCUAUGGCUAUGCCUAUGCCUAUGCCUAUGCCUAUAACUGUGUUGUUGAUCUAGGGAAUAGCUACCUCUCCCAGCAAGAGAAGACAAUUGACAACCUCACUCAAUAUAGAACUUUAUUCUGUACACAGAGCACCAUCUUCAUGUGGUCAGGGUACAGGACAGUACAGCCCUCAAAUCAGAGGAACCGCACGCCAUGUAGUGUAACUCCCUCCCAGCUACAGUCUUCCCGGGGCCAUAAGUAUAUGAUCGACAUGCCUACUCCGUAA